UUUAGCUACACCGUAGGAUAUAUAAAUGCAAUUCAAAGUUCAGUGUGCAUUACUUCAUUUGAAAGCCAAGUGAGAACAAGGACUGCAAUAUAAUCCUUAUUUAAAAGUUCACCUGAUACUUGAGAACAUUGGGAAACGGCACUUUUUGCUUACUGAGGAAGUUCCUCUUGGAUUUCUAAUAAAGGGGAGAUAGAGAGAUUUUUCUACUUACAUUUAUUAGGAAGUCCAAAAGAUUUGGUGAGUGUCAGUCUGAGAAGUGGGGGGUCCUACCACAUUGAUUUGAAGCAUUUUGAUGGUUCUGCAGACAUGUAUUUAACCGAUCCAGUUACAAUUGUCCUCUCUGUCAUCACUUGUGUUGUCCUGGCAAUUUUUUGGCUCAGUGAGAAGAAAAAAAAUCAUCCAAAUUAUCCUCCUGGACCACCACGCUUGCCUAUUAUUGGAAAUAUGCACAUUAUAAAUAUGAAUAAACCUUAUAAAACAUUUCACGAGCUAGCUGAGAAAUAUGGCUCAGUGUACAGUCUACAGAUAGGACCUGAGAAGAUGGUCAUAUUGUGUGGCUAUAAGACGGUAAAAGAUGCGUUGGUCAACUACGCUGAGGAGUUUUCUGGAAGACCACUUGUGCCAGUUUUUAUAGAGUCAAACAAGGGACACGGUCUUAUAUUUUCCAAUGGUAAUAACUGGAAAGCCAUGAGACGAUUUACUCUUUCUACACUGCGAGAUUUUGGGAUGGGGAAGAGAACAAUAGAAGAUAAGAUCACUGAGGAGUGCCAAAAGUUAAUAACAGUAUUUAAAGCCUACAAAGGAAAACCAUUUGAAAACACCAUGAUCAUGAAUGCUUCUGUGGCCAAUAUCAUUGUGUCCAUAUUGCUUGGCCAUCGCUUUGACUAUGAUGAUCCAAAACUUCUGAGGCUUUUGACAAUAAUCAAUGAUAAUAUCAGAAUUUUGGGCUCCCCAAUGGUUUUGUUGUACAAUGCAUUUCCAUAUCUGGUCCGAUGGUUGCCCGGGAGUCACAGACAAGUCAAUCCAAAUGUAGAGGAAAUGCACACUUUUAUCAGAGAAACCUUCACUAAUCAGAGGGAUCACCUGGAUGUCAACGAUCAGAGAAAUUUAAUUGAUGUCUUCCUUGUCAAACAAAAGGAGGAAAAGCCAAAUCCAGAUUUGUAUUUCAAUGAUACAAAUCUAACAGUUCUGGUGACAGACUUGUUUGCUGCAGGAAUGGAGACAACUUCCACCACUCUCCGAUGGGGCCUCCUGUUGAUGAUGAAAUACCCAGAAAUACAAGAAAAUGUUCAGAAGGAAAUUGAAAAAGUCAUUGGUUCUGGAGAGCCUUGCCCGAUACAUCGAAAACAAAUGCCGUAUACGGAUGCAGUUAUCCAUGAAAUCCAAAGGUUUGCCAAUAUCGUGCCAACAAAUGUUCCACAUGCCACUACCAAAGAUGUGACUUUCAAAGAAUUCUUUAUACCAAAAGGAACUCAAGUUAUUCCAUUACUGUAUUCUGUUCUACGGGACAAAGAGUACUUUGAGAAGCCGGAAGAGUUUUACCCUCAGCAUUUUCUAGACUCAGAGGGAAAACUUGUUAACAACGAUGCUUUUAUACCAUUUUCUGCAGGUAAGAGAAGUUGUGCUGGAGAAACCUUGGCUAAAAUGGAACUGUUCAUCUUCUUUACAACACUGCUACAACACUUCACCUUUCAGGCUCCACCUGGAGCAAAACUGGACCUUACAGGCGCUGUUGGCUUCACAACCCCUCCACUGAAGCAUGAGAUCUGUGCAAUUUCUCGCAAUUAAAGCAAACUGGCAGUAAAUAUAUGAAUAAUAAUUGUGGACUGGGUUUAAUCUUUUCUGAAAGAGAAUCUGUUUUUUGAUUUAUAGAAUUGUAGUUGAGAGCUCCUGUAUGAAGAUCAAAGGUCCUUUCAGAUUGGUGAAAGCUGUAUGUUUAUAAAAAAACUGAACAAGAUGAAAUAAAUGAACGAAGGAGAACAAUUA